ACCUCAAUAUUCGAAAUUUCAAAACAAACAAUUAACCAGCAAAAAGCAAAUUUGCUUUAAAAGACGGGUUUUCUAAAAAUUUAAUAAGAAAGGAGCUAAAAAUAUGGUAAACAAACUAAAUAAAGAUUUUUACAACUCAGUGUUGGCCCAGGCUUUUAGCCCCUGCGGUCAUUUUCUAAUUGCCGGCGACAUUUAUGGCAAUCUCUCAAUAUUUAACCUGGCAAAAGUGAUAAAGUCAGAAGGUACAGUUACAAAGGAAGAAUUGCUACCAAAAAGUAAGAUAACAGUCUGUCCGGAUCUUCAAAUCAACAGUUUAUUGGCCACUGAAAACCAUCUGCUAGUGGGUGGCUAUGGAGAAAUUUAUGCAUAUUCAUGGAAAACCAUUAAAGGCUCAAACAGAAAUGUGAAGCCCACAUGGUCUAUUGAGAUCCCCUCUGAUCAAGAUGAGUUAAAUAGAGCUGAAGUGAAUUCACUUUUAUUUGAAGAAAGCUCGGCCAAUAUUUAUGCAGGUUGUGGGGACAAUAAGAUAUAUAUUUUUAACUUGGAAAGUAGGAAACCAAUAAAGACCCUUACUGGUCACACUGAUUAUGUACACAGUAUCUGCAAGAAUGGUAAUAACAAUAUUCUUUCUGGUGGUGAAGAUGGACUGGUUAACAUUUGGGACUUGAGAAUAAACAAAGCAGUAGAAAAACUUAUUCCACACCAAAACAGUCAAAUUGCUAGGCAUAAUUUGGGAAAAUGGAUUGGGGCAGUCGACAGUAAUGAAGAUUACAUUGUUUGUGGUGGAGGCCCAAGACUUUCACUAUUCCACUCUCGUUUUCUAUCAAAUUCUACUAUUUUUCCCAUUGAUGAUCAAGGAAUUCAUGUCACCGAGAUUCAGGAUGAUAAGGUUUUUGCUGGUGGUAGAUCUAAGCUGUUUUAUCAGGCAAGUUUUAAUGGUAGCAUAAUUACGGAAAUACCUACAAGUGGAGCCACAGUUUACAGUGCAGUAAGACAAGAGACCCCAUUUAAAAUUAUGGCUAUAGCAGGAUCAAGUCCUAAGAUUGAUAUUUCACUUAAUUUUAUGUAUAAGGAUCAACAAUUGUCAUUGUAUUAAUAAGUUCAGAUUUAAAUUUAUCUAUGUAAAGUAACUUCAAUAAAGAUUUGUCAGUUUUU